AUGAGGUGUUUAAUAUGCGCUCAGAACCGACAUUGUAUUGUAGCACACGGCCUGCUAGCUGUCGGGUCGCAGCCAGCACGGUCUGAGCCGGAGCCGCCUCACGAAUUGAAGAGUACUGGGAUUAGCGCCGGAGUGGAGGCGGGUGUUGCGCAAGGGAAAGAUGCAAGAGGCGUUCAUUUGAGUGCUUAUCCAACUCGGACGGCUCUUGCUCUCACUAUAUUCGAGAACGAUCAGAUCGCUCGUGCGAAAUUGGAUGAACUAUUGUCACCAGACGAGUGGACAAAGUUGAAGGAGACAACCGUGUCCGAUUUGUGGGAAUGCGAAAUCAUUUACGUGGAGCUUGCUGCGAUCAUUUCAAUGUUUGUUAACACUCCCUUUGGAGAUAUAUCGAGUGCGGGGAAGGAGACCAUCUGUCAAUGGCUGAACCGAAAGAGGUGGGGAUUGAUGCACAGAAACUGGGUGACUGGGUGUCUACUCCGACGUUCAACUAUUCCUGUGAGGAAGUUGAUAGAUUUUUGCGUCGCAACAUUGCCGUUUAGACAUGAGCAGAAGCUGGAGUGUCUCAGGGCCCGUUUUGUAGAGUCUAAGUACUGGACCAGGGCUUCUAAUGUUCACACGAGAGACUAUUGGUUAAGCCGGCUGGAUAUACUGUCAGAUAAAAUCACUGCAAGUCAGUUUGCAAAAGCAGUCGCAAUACCUUCUAGAACACCCUAUUAUACACCAGCGCUUCCGGAGACAACCGCUGGUUCGAAGAAGCAGGCGUCGUUUCCGAGAAUUUUGAGUUCACGAAAACACGAAGAUGUAUGGGUGGCUACGUCACCGAUCAGACCGGUUAAGCCGGGUCCUUUUCAGCCUCCUGGCGAUCUCGAGCCAGCUGCAGGAGGAGUAGUGCGGACAAAGGUGUCAGCAUCCAGAAUUCUGAAUGUGCGAGGAGGCCCAAGUCUGGGCUCGAUUGUCAUCCGGCCUGAGGAGUGUAUUUCGUCUCAGGGAGCUCUACCAGGUGCCAGUAGUCAAGUAUACCGACGGACACCUGGCUGGUUUAGGCCGAUUCUAGCGUUCUACGAUGCACCUUCAGUUCCAACCGAUAACAUGAAUGAAAAGCUGACUAAACUGUUAGGUGGAGAUUGGAAUAAAUUGGAGGGAAUGAAAGAGGCGGAUGUUGAUGCCUGUAGUAUCGCUUAUUUAGAGCUAGGAACCAUUAUAGAAUAUUAUAUGCAUUCCGCUUUUGGUACUUUGAGUGCGGAUGUACGGGAAAAAAUAUUCGCGCCACUGGUCAGGGCAGGACUCGAGCCGGCGGCUGAUGGGUGGAUUACGGGAUGUAUAUUACAGUAUGCUGAUGUGCCAAUGGAAGAUCUAAUCACGUUCUGUACAGAUGAUUUGGACUACAAACCUUUCUCGGGAAUGUGGAUGCUCCAGUGUCUAAUGCAUGAGGUCGGACGCCGUAGCCGCUACCGACCAAGACAUUGUCCGCAUCCUCGUGCACGUCUCACCCAACUUCUUGCGGGACAGAUUAACAAGAUUUCAGUUCCCGACCUCAUCCGAUUGUUAUUAGGAUCAACAGGGCAAAAACAGACUUAUGUCCGGAAAUGCUUUGAAAUGAACCUGAUGAUGACGGGCCCGUCGCCGGCUAAGCGGCUUUCUACUAGGAAACGGAAGAUGCCGGAAGGGAAGAUGCCGGAAGGGAAGAUGCCGAAACGGAAGAUGCCGAAACCGAAGAUGCCGGAACGGAAGGUGCCGGAACGGAAGGUGCCGGAACGGAAGAUAUCGGAAGAGAAGAUACCAUCUGGAACGAGAGUUCAACGAAACGUCGGGCGAGAUCCCGAUAGAGUAAAUGCUGUUACACAAUCUCGAUCUCCCCUGUCGUCUCUGGUCGAAUUCAGUAGCCCAGAAUUAUCCAUGGAGGUUAGUCGUUGGUCAUUUAAAAACGGCCGUGAUUUAUUGCAAUCCAGAGCGGUCGACGAACAUUGGCAGGAGCCAAUAAAGAUGAAGCGUUCAACGUGUGCUCCUAACGAACGCUCCUUUGGUACAAUUGGUCUGUUAGCUAUCGGUGAGGGUUGGCAGCCGACAACGUUAGGGGCGUUCUCGGAGGGGUUGCCGCGUGAAGUGAGAAGUACUGGAAUGUGUGCCGGAAUAGAGGCGUGUGUUGGGCAAAGGAAAGGUGCGGAUAAAAGAAGUGUUUAUUUGAGUGCGUAUCGAACUCGGACGCCUCUUGCUCUCACUAUAUUCGAGAACGAACUGGUCGCUCGUGCGAAAUUGGAUGAACUAUUGUCACCAGACGAGUGGACAAAGUUGAAGGAGAUAACCGUGUCCGAUUUGUGGGAAUGCGAAAUCAUUUACGUGGAGCUAGCUGCGAUUAUAUCAAUGUUUGUUAACACUCCCUUUGGUGAUAUAUCGAGUGCGGGGAAGGAGACCAUCUGUCAAUGGAUGGGUGGAAAGAAGUGGAGAAGCACGCACUACAGUUGGGCGACAGGCUGUCUUCUCCGACGUUCCACGAUUCCAAUAAAGAAGUUGAUGGACUUUUGUGUUGAUACGCUGGCGUAUGUGCCUACCAAGUGUGUGGGGACGUUGGAGUGUUUCCGGGAUCAUUCUGCGUCUUUAAGGGAGUACGCGGCGAGGGCUGGAAGGGUUUCUGGUAGGAGCUAUCUAUCAGGCCUGCUUGAGAGUUUGUCACGUAAAAUUACUGUAAAAGAGUAUGCAGAAGCAAUCGGCUCAAAAGUCGGAAGAGCACCGUAUCUUAGAUGGUUGUCUAUGGCAUCGCACUCCAUCGCACCACCCAUUUCGGGCCCAGAAACGGAGGCUGCAUUGAUCGGGCAAUCGCCUGUAUUUGCGAUAACCCCACCCACCACAGCACCGCCGACUACAGCACCGCCGACUUCCGAUCCAGAACCGGAGGCUGCAUCGUUCCGGCAGUCGUCUGGAUUGUCUAUCAGGCCGAAGGAGUGGGCUGCCGUACGUAAAGGUCGAGUAUAUCGGCGGACACCGGGCGUCCUAAGCCAUUUUGGUCUGGAUAUAUUAUAUCCGAAUAACGACGUGAAUAAGAAGCUGACUAAACUGCUAGGUGGAGAUUGGAACAAGUUGGAUGAAAUGAAAGAGGCGGAUGUUGAUGCGUGUAGUAUCGCUUAUUUAGAGCUAGGAACCAUUAUAGAAAGUUAUAUGAGAGACGGUUUUGGAACUGUGUGUGCAGACGUACGUGACAGUCUUGAUGCGGUAUUGACCAAAGCAGGAUUUAUCAACGUGACUUCUGGGUGGAUUACGGGAUGUAUAUUACAAAUAUUUGGACUACAAACCUUUCUCGGGAAUGUGGAUGCUCCAGUGUCUAAUGCCUGA